CAAUGAUAUUUAUUUUCAGUUAGUUACUCUUCUAAUAGCGAUCAACGGUAAAUAGUGUUGUCUUUGCUCACCUGGGGAGAAUUUCUUUCUUUCUUUCUCCCGAACGAACUUGAAACGAAAGCAAACGCCUUUAUGGUUCGGGUCAAACAAACGAUGCUGGCAGCAGCAACUUGGAAAGCGGUGGGAAUUUCUGCAACCGCAACACAGCACGUAAGCAAAAGCAGCUCCCUCGCUGUUGUGGUCAAGCAGCUCGUAUUUUUUUUCUAUUCCACGAAAGGCCACUGUGGGUUGACAAUUCUGCAGCAGCUGCUGCUGUUAAAUAAAGUCUUCCCCUGAUCUUCUCUCCUCGGCAAAUCAACCCACCAAACACCAUAACCUUAUCAUUUGUCAAAUACCCUCUUCCCUUCGCCUCCCCUCGCCAGCCGCGGCUCUGUUUUAUUCCGGCAUCGCUUCCCCUUUCUUUCUAAUAUUCAAAUCCGAAGACUGCUGUCUUUCACACAUCUGCUUCUGGAAUUUCAACCCGAUUGACUGAUAUACAAAAGGGGUUCGUUCUUCUAUCCAUCCAUUUCAUUUCCAUUCUGAUUCCCUUUCUCGUUCUCUCUAUCUCUCUGCCUAGUUUUGGCUUCUGGGUAUUGCUUCAUUUCCAUCUGUCUCUUGUUUGCUGCUAUAUUUGCCUGCUUUUCUUUGCUGGGUUGAAGUGAUUUUGGCCUUUCCCUAUAGUUUGGAGAUUCCUAGAUGUUGGGUUAUGUCGUAUCCUCUAUUUCCUGAGAUCUUGUUGUAUGUGCAAAGUAGUCAACUUUACGACUUUCAUUUUCUGUUCUUGUGCUGGUAAUCUUAAUUGUAGCGUUCUAGGAUCUCCUGGGUUCUUCGGCAAUUGGGAACUGAACAAAAAUAUAUUUAUAGGAGAAGAAGUGCAUUGUUGGGUUAGAGCCAGUUGAUGAUGUAAUUCUAAUGCUUGCUUUGAACUUCUGAAAUGAUAGGAUCAGAAGCACAGCAACAUCUUGUUCUUAAGCUUUAUUAGUUCAUCCAUGGAAAUGAUGUUAGCAUAGGAUGGCCUAAUGGCAUAAUUGGCACCGUUCAGUGGGUUUUUUAAUCGCUGAAUAUUUUACCUGUUUGAUUGUUUUGAUACUGCUGCAACAUACACUAAGAUUGCAUUAUGUUUCUUUCAUUAUCCAGGUUGGGUUUUCAAAGUCAUUGAUUCAGCACACUUGUAGAAGCCAGAAGGUUUACCAACCUAGGGUGUUCCCUUGGUGUCUCAACAGUUAUGACUUGCUUUUCCUUCUUUGGUCGAAGUCGAAGGCUCGAUUCUUCACAACGACAUGAUGCUGAAGAAGAGAACGAACUUGCUGGUGUUCACAAUGUUAAAACCUACUCCUACAAGGAAUUGAGACACGCGACUGACGAUUUCAGCCCUGCUAAUAAAAUAGGGGAGGGUGGUUUUGGUUCUGUGUACAAGGGACGUCUUAAAGAUGGGAAACUUGUGGCAGUAAAACUUCUUUCGGCUGAAUCAAGACAAGGGGUAGGCGAGUUCUUAGCAGAGAUAAAAGCCAUCUCAGUGGUGGAGCAUGAGAAUCUGGUUAAGCUCUAUGGCUGCUGCGUUGAAGGACAACACAGAAUUUUGGUCUACAACUAUCUCGAGAAUAAUAGCUUGGCUCAAACACUUAUUGGUGGAUCUUACAGCAAUAUUCAGUUUGAUUGGAGAACACGGACUAAAAUCUGCAUUGGAGUAGCAAGGGGACUAGCUUUCCUACAUGAGGAAGUACGACCAUAUAUAGUGCAUCGAGACAUCAAAGCGAGCAACAUUCUCCUGGAUAAAGAUCUAACACCCAAAAUUGCAGAUUUUGGUCUGGCCAAGUUGAUCCCAUCACACAUGACCCACGUUAGCACUCGCGUCGCUGGGACAAUAGGGUAUCUGGCACCAGAGUACGCAAUACGGGGACAGUUGACACGGAAAGCAGACAUAUACAGUUUUGGUGUCCUGCUCGUGGAAAUAGUCAGUGGGAGAUGCAAUACCAACACACGAUUGCCAAUUGAAGAGCAAUACCUCUUAGAACGGACAUGGCAGUUGUACGAGCGCAAGGAGCUCAUAGCACUGGUAGACACAGCCCUUAAUGGCGAUUUUGAUGCUGAGGAGGCUUGUAAGUAUAUGAAGAUUGGCCUACUCUGCACUCAAGAUGCUCCCAAGCUUCGGCCUUCCAUGUCAACGGUAGUAAAGAUGCUGACUGGGGAGAAGGAGGUCGAUGACAGUAUGAUAUCAAAGCCUGGUCUCAUAUCUGACUUCAUGGACCUCAAGGUACGUGCUCAACCUCCUACUAAGGCGAGGCAACGUCAAUCAACUGCAACGGGGAAGCCUUCUGAAGCAAAAACAUCACCAUCAUCAUCAUCUCCCUACAACAUUUCUCCGUACGACUCUGAAAAUCACAAUGACCAUUCAUCCUCCGGAACGUCAACGAAUGCAAACACCACAUUUUCCACUUCAUCAAAUGCAACCUCGACAUUCCUGACGUCAACAAAUGCAACUACCACCUUUACCACUUCUUAUUGAUGGAGCAUACAUCUCUACGUUGUGAUGGCCACUACCAUUAAUUGAUCAAGUUCAAUUAGCUUUCUUGCUAUGUGGUCAUGUUUGGGAUGUGUGUAUAUAAGGAAAUAUGAGAUUAGUGAAAAAGGAGGAAACUUGACCUCUCUUUGGAGCUUGCCUUCUCAUCUUUUUCUUGUGUGUACAUUAUAGGCAAGCUCUUUCUUUUCUUUGUUUCUUCAGCAACAUAGUUUUGAGUUGAUAAAUGUUUGGCAGACGGUAUUCUUUUUGUCUUGUAAAUGAGUUUUAGUAAAAUAGUUUUUAUGUGUGGAAGAAAGUUAAGUGGAGUUCUGAUCAUUAAUGAGAUUGGUGUUAUAUUGUCACAACAAAUGCCAAAUUUGAUA